AUGGCUGCAAAUGCUCAACAAUUUGGAGACAGGCAGGAUAACACGACUCGUAGAGUCAAUGAGGUAAGUAAUUCUUCAAUAGAGCAAAGAUUAGAUUGUCUAACUUCUUUGGUUGAAAAGUUAGCUAUAGGACAAAUGCAGCAAUUGAAAACAUGUGGAAUCUGCUAUGGUUCGAGUCAUCCAACAGAUAUGUGCCCCACACUCCAAGAUGAUUCGACUGAGCAGGCUAAUGCAGUUGGAUUUCCAGGACCACCUCAGAGACGGUAUGAUCCCUAUGCAAACACCUAUAAUCCAGGAUGGAGGGAUCAUCCUAAUUUUAAUUAUGCAGUAAGGCCACCAGGAUUUCCACAACAGUCACAAUAUCAACCUAGACCUCAACUUUCACAGCAACAACCUGCUCCUAAAUCAGUCAAUAGAUUGGAGUCCCAAUUAUCUGGAAAGCUACCUUCGCAGACAAUUGUCAACCCCAAGCAAAAUGCUAGUGCCAUCACAUUAAGAAGUGGCAAAGAGUUGGCUGAGCCGAGCAAGAAAAUUUCUGAACAAGCAAUCGAGGAAGAGCUCGAAAAAGAGGGGAAUGUGUCUCAACCUAGAGCCUUAGAACAACCAGAUUUUGGAGAAAAAUCAACACAAGUGGUUACACCUCCGCCUCCAUUUCCUAGUCGACUGAUUAAGCAAAUUCCUAGAUAUGCUAAAUUUUUGAAGGAGUUAUGCACUGGUAAGAAAAAGUUGAAAGGAAACGAGAAAGUGCAUAUGGGAGAAGAAGAUGGUGCUAAGCCUUCGAGAGAGGCUCAACGGAGAUUGAACCCACCAAUGAUGGAGGUAGUGAAGAAAGAAGUUUUAAAACUUCUUGACACAGGUAUAAUCUAUCCCAUUUCGGAUAGUAAGUGGGUAAGUCCUGUUCAAGUAGUUCCUAAAAAGACAGGAAUUACUGUUAUUGAAAAUCCUAAAAGUGAGUUAGUGCCCACUCGAGUUCAAAAUGGGUGGAGAGUUUGUACCGAUUUUAGAAAAUUAAAUGCAUUAACUCGUAAAGAUCAUUUUUCAUUGCCUUUUAUUGAUCAGAUGUUGGAAAGGUUGGCAGGAAAAUCUCAUUAUUGCUGUCUUGAUGGUUUUUCAGGUUUUCUACAAAUUCCAGUGGCGCCUGAAGAUCAAGAGAAAAUCACAUUUACUUGCCCUUUUGGUACAUUUGCCUAUAGACGAAUGCCUUUUGGUCUUUGUAAUGCGCCUGCUACAUUCCAAAGGUGUAUGGUUAGUAUAUUUUCUGAUUAUGUGGAGAAUAUCAUAGAAGUGUUUAUGGAUGAUUUUACUGUCUAUGGUAAUUCUUUUGAUGAAUGUUUAACUAACCUCACAAAAAUUUUUAAAAGGUGCAUUGAGACUAAUCUUGUUUUAAAUUAUGAGAAAUGCCAUUUUAUGGUAGACCAAGGCAUAAUUUUAGGCUAUGUGGUAUCUGCAAAAGGAAUUGAGGUAGAUAAGGCUAAGGUAGAAAUUAUCAAAUGUUUACCUUACCCUGCAAGUGUGCGGGAAGUUCGCUCUUUUCUUGGCCAUGCAGGUUUUUAUAGGCGUUUCAUCAAAGAUUUUUCAAAGAUAUCCCAUCCUCUAUGCAAAUUACUUCAAAAGGAUGUGGUAUUUCAUUUUGAUGAUAAUUGCAAGAGUGCAUUUGACACGCUCAAGGGAUCAUUGACUUCAGCACCAGUGGUUCGACCACCAAACUGGAGUCUUCCUUUCGAGAUAAUGUGUGAUGCCAGCAACUUUGCUGUUGGUGCAGUACCUGGCCAGAAAGAGGGCAGAGCUUCUUAUGUCAUUUAUUAUGCCUCGAGGACCUUGGAUGGUGCCCAGUGCAAUUAUUCGACUACGGAAAAGGAGCUUUUAGCUAUUGUUUUUGCUUUAGAAAAAUUCCGUUCUUAUUUACUUGGCACUAAAGUCAUUAUUUAUUCUGACCAUGCAGUUUUGAAAUAUUUGCUCAACAAGAAAGAGGCCAAACCACGACUUAUAAGGUGGAUUCUCCUACUCCAAGAAUUUAAUUUGGAAAUUAAAGACAAAAGAGGUGCCGAAAAUAUGGUUACUGAUCAUCUCAGUCGUUUGAUCAAUAGUGAAAGACCUGCUCCCUUGAAGAAUAAUUUUCCAGAUGAGCAUCUUUUUAUAGUUCAAAAGACAACUCCCUGGUAUGCUGAUUUAGUGAAUUAUCUGGUUACUAGAACGCUACCUAAUGAUUUGUCUAGAGCUCAAAAGGAAAAAAUUAAAAGUGAUGUUAAAUAUUAUGUGUGGGAUGAACCAUACUUGUGGAAAUAUUGUUCUGAUCAAAUUAUUCGCAGGUGUGUGACUGACAAUGCUAAGACUAGUGGUCAAGCAGAAAUCUCCAAUAAAGAAAUCAAGUCGAUACUUGAAAAGACGGUGAAUCCCAAUAGAAAGGAUUGGAGUUUGCGCUUAGAUGAUGCACUUUGGGCUUACCGUACAGCUUUUAAGACCCCCAUAGGUAUGUCUCCUUACCGAUUAAUUUUUGGCAAACCUUGUCAUCUACCUGUGGAAUUGGAACAUAGGGCAUAUUGGGCAGUUAAAAAUUAUAAUAUGCGGAUGGAUGAAUCUGGAGAACACAGGAAGUUGCAAUUGCAAGAGUUGGAGGAAAUCCGAAAUGAUGCAUAUGAGAGUUCUUGCAUUUAUAAGGAGAAGACAAAAGCAUUUCAUGAUAAAGCAAUUUCAAGGAAAAUUUUUUGUAUUGGUCAAAAAGUACUUCUUUUUCACUCUAGACUUAAACUUUUUCCUGGUAAAUUGCGUUCUCGUUGGAUUGGACCUUUUAUUGUGACUAAUGUGUUUCCUCAUGGUGCAGUAGAAAUUCAAAGUCUUCAUACUGACAAGAUUUUUAAGGUUAAUGGUCAUCGUCUCAAACCUUUUUAUGAAGGAUUUCAAGUUAAUAAUGUUGAGGAGGUGACCCUUGCAGUGCCUGAACUCUCUGAUUGA